AAAUGGUGCUGUACUCCCUCACUAAUGUUUUUCUCAAUGUUCUUUCACUCCUCUGUUUUUUUCAUUUUUUUUUUUGUUCUUGUCUUCUCAGACAACCACUUUCUCCAAUCCAAAUGACGCCGACCACCGCUUCCAACACGCACGAUCCCUCGUCGCAGGCCAACAUCACCGCCUUCCGCACCCGCCACAUUGCCCUGGACAUUGCCCUCGACUUUGCACGCAAGGUUGUCCACGGCACUGCGACCAUCGAUCUCGCUCGCCUCGACGCCAACGCUCAGACGGUCGAGUUGGACACGCGCGAGCUGACGAUCGCGUCCGUCAAGCUGAACGGCGUGGCAGAGCUCGCGUUCGUGACUGGCGAUGCGCACGCCGUGUUUGGCUCCAAGCUGACCAUCACGCUGCUGGCUGAGCACGCCACGCUGCAGGACUUUAAGCUUGUGAUUGCGUACGAGACGUCUGCCACGUCGUCGGCGUGCCAGUGGCUCGCUCCCGAGCAGACUGCGGGCAAGCAGCACCCGUACUUUUUCACCCAGUGCCAGGCAAUCCACGCGCGCAGCCUGCUCCCGUGCCAGGACGCGCCUGGAAUGAAGGCGCCGUACUCGGGCAAGGUCACUGUCGCAAAGGGCCUCGUGGCACUCAUGAGCGCCCUCCCCACCGGCGACGCGGUCAGCGCAGACGGCCAGUCAACCACGUUCAGCUUUGACCAGCCAAACCCAAUCCCGUCGUACCUCAUUGCGAUCGCCGCUGGUCACCUGGUCAGCGUCGAGGUUGGCCCGCGUUCGCGCGUCUGGUCCGAGCCCGAGACUGUGCAGGCUGGCGCAUUCGAGUUUGCCGAGACCGAGCAGCAGCUCGCAACGGCCGAGGACCUGCUUGGCCCGUACGUCUGGGGUCGCUACGACGUGCUGUUGCUGCCCCCGAGCUUCCCGUACGGCGGCAUGGAAAACCCCAACAUUACCUUUGUGACGCCGACCCUGCUGGCUGGCGAUCGCUCGCUGGCAGACGUCGUUGCUCACGAGAUUGCUCACUCGUGGACGGGCAACCUCGUCACCAGCCGAACCUGGGAGCACUUUUGGCUCAACGAAGGCUUCACCGUCUAUGUUGAACGCAAGAUUGUCGGCCGCAUGCGCACCGAGCAGCACCGUCACUUCUCCGCCAUUAUCGGCUGGAAGGCGCUGCGCGAUUCGAUCGACAACUACCCUGCCGACUCGCUCCUCACUGCGCUCGUCCCCAGCCUCGACGGCGUCGACCCCGACGACGCAUUCUCGUCCGUCCCCUACGAGAAGGGCUUCAACCUGCUGUUCUACCUCGAGACGCUGCUCGGCGGCCCUGAGCCGAUGGAACGCUACCUCAAGGCCCACUGCACCCAGUUUGCCUUCAAGGCAGUGACCACUGCUGAAUGGAAGGACUUUUUCCUGUCCUUCUUUGCUGAAGAGGCCAAGCGCGGCGUCUUUGACGCUGUUGACUGGAAUGCCUGGUUCUACACCCCCGGCAUGCCCAAGCCCGAGCCCAAGUUUGACCAAACACUGGCCGAGCGCAGCGCCGCUCUCGCUGCCCGCUGGACCCAAGCCGAUGCUUCCAGCAACUAUGCUGGGUUCUCCGUCGACGACAUUGCCGACUUUGCCUCGCCGCAGCGUGUCGUCUUUUUGGAAAAGCUUCUGCUCGAAAACCCGCUCAGCGAGCAGACUCUCGACAAGAUGGAUGCGACCUACGAUUUCACGGCAUCGCGCAACUCGGAAAUCCGCUUCCGCUGGCAGUCUCUCUGCUUGCGUGCGUCCUACACCAAGAUCUUCCCGCACGUUGUCGACUUUGUGACUUCGCAAGGCCGCAUGAAGUUUGUCCGCCCGCUGUACCGCGCUCUCUUCAACUGCGACAAGGCUGGUGACCUUGCCGUGACUACCUUCCAAAAGCAUCGCCACAUCUAUCACAACAUUUGCGCCAGCAUGGUGGCCAAGGAUUUGAAGCAGUGAGCGCGCGGGCCAUCCGUUGUUUUUGGAACGUCCAGCCGUUCUGGGCUUUGUUGUAUUUUGUCUUGGUGACUGCAUGUGAAGUGUGGUCGUGUGAUGAAAUACACUUUGUUGGGUACAAGC